GACUUAGUCUAUAGGCCAGCCGGCGAACGGCCUGUGAUGGGGAGUCCUACGUAGAUCUUGGCAAACAUGCAGAUGACGUGGAAGGGAAUUGAUUGUUUAGACCUUCGAGUCUUACUUGAGGUUCUGUGAGAUUGUGGGGGGAUUUGCAUUCAGAGUGUAGGGGCGGGGAGUUGAGCGACUUUAGUUGAUGGACCGGACCUACUCCAUUCCGGCAAUUUCAGUGUCUAAGCCCCCCGUGGCAGUUAUCUUGAAGCUGAGUAUUUGGAUUACUGACAGAUGGUAUAUGCUGGCAAUAUGAAGGAAAACGAAUUCAUUUAAAGCUGCCUCAUCUCUAACGAUUUACUAAUAGAGAAACAGCACACUUCAGGUUACCUACAUAAUUUAUAUCUAGUGGGAGAUUCAGUAUCGCAUUCUAUGGAGAGCAUAAUAUCUUUCGACAAGUUUUAUAACAUUGUCAACAAUUCGAGGGUGUUAGGUGAUAAGACAUAUCAUGGGAUCGAUCCAAGCACAGGCAAGACUCUUUGGGGGGCUCCAAUAGCUACAGGGGAUGAUCUCGAUGAAGCUGUAGCAGCCGCCAAUAGCGCUUUCAAGAAAUGGUCUUCGCUACAGCAGCACGAACGGUCCCGGUUCAUGAGGGAUCUUGCUGAUGCUCUAGAGAAGCACAAAGAUGCACUAACCGAAUUACUCGGCAAGGAAAGUGGCAAAUCGGUAUCCUUUGCAGAGUCGGAGGUUGUAAUGGGUAUCAAUACUAUGAGACGGCAUGCGGAUUGGUCAGUUCCCGAUCAGCUCUUGAAAGAUACAGAGGAUGUACGAAUCAUCGUCCAACAUGUACCUAUUGGUGUAGUUGCAGGAAUCACCCCAUGGAACUACCCCUUCCAACUGGCUAUUCUGAAGGUGGCCCCGGCGCUAGCAACUGGUUGCACAGUCAUACUGAAGCCUUCCCCUUUCACGCCUUAUAUCGCUCUCAAGAUAGCCGAGAUCGCGGCUGAGGUUCUCCCGCCUGGCGUGGUGCAGGCUCUAGGGGGUGAUGACAACCUCGGCCCUUGGAUGACGAAACAUCCUGGAAUCCACAAGAUUUCGUUUACUGGGUCUACAGCUACCGGCAAGAAGAUUAUGGCUGUGGCAUCCGAGACACUGAAAAGGGUUAACUUGGAGCUGGGUGGCAAUGACGCGGCGGUAGUAACUGAGGACUUUGACGUCCUUGAGGCGGCACAGCUAGUAGCAAUGGCCACAUUCGCGCAUUCUGGUCAGAUAUGCAUGGCUACAAAGCGAAUUUACGUCCAGGAGUCUGUCUACGAUGAGUUUAUGACGCAUCUUGUAGCGAUUGUCAAAGGUUAUAAGCCAGGCGAGGGCUUCUGCAGCCCAAUCCAGAACACGAUGCAGUUCGAGAAGGUCAAGUCUAUCUACGACGAAUGUGAAGAGCAAGGGUUCAACUUUGCCGUUGGCGGCGGUAGCAAAGUGUCCGUGGACGACAACAGACCGGGGUAUUUCAUCGCACCGGCAAUCGUGACCAACCCACCGGAAAAGUCGCGCAUCGUGCAGGAAGAGCCUUUUGGGCCUAUCGUCCCGGUGCUAACGUGGCGCGACGAUGAUGAGGUAAUACGGCGCGUAAACGACACUCCCACGGGCCUAGGGGCCACGAUCUACUGCCGCGACGAGAGACGCGCUUGGCAAAUUUCCGAAAGUCUUGAGACGGGAAGCGUCUGGGUUAAUAGCGGAUUGAAACUGGAUCCAGUUGCGCUAUUCGGCGCGCACAAGCAGAGCGGUAUUGGCGGCGAGCUGGGGCCGCUCGGACUGAAGUACUACACGAAUACUCGGACAAUCACAUACUGGAAGGAUGCGCCGAAGGGACCGCAGGCAAAGGGCAAUAGGGGUUUAUUUGCGUGAAUCCGCGGGAUCCGUUCCGCCAAUGUAAUGUAUCUCUUAGCUCAUUAUUAUAUGAA